AUGAAGUUUCGGGACAACAAGUUUUGGAUAACUAUUGCCUCACAGAUGUUGUGCCCAGAAGUAAAUACAGUUUAUUUUAAAAUAGACUCUGAAGAGAACCAUGCUAUACCAUCGGACUCUGACAACUUGGGUUUUUCAUUCCCUCUGUCUUGCGAGGAAUCUGAUGAUAACGAGGACCAGUUUUGGUCAAAAUUCUCGCAGCAACAAGAAACUGAUCCCAACAUAGAUGUGGUACGGGUUAGAAUGUUUUCUUAAGUGUAUGAUCCUUUGCCAAAAAUUACUGAUAGCAAUCAAGAAGCUGCACUUGAUCAUCCGAAUUUAAUGGUAGACUCAGUAGAAAAUCAUGCCAUACCCCUGGACUCUAGCAGCUUAAGUUAUUUUCCAGUUUCUCUGCCUUCCAAGGCAUCUGAUAAUAUCAAAUUUGCAUUUUCGAACGAAGUCGAUAAUGGAUAUGCAGAAAUAAUGUUACGACGAAGAGAAAGCAAGCAAAAGAAAAGUCUCAGAUCUGACGCUGCUACAGUAGUAGAAAAUAUUAGCGACAAUGAUGAAGAUGUUUUAUUUGUGUACAUCUAUCUUUCAUGUAGUAAGGAACUCGAAAGUGAAUCAGACUGA